AUGAAGAUGUGGAGACGUUUCCCUCUCACCAAACACAUGGAAGGUGGAGUUUUGAAAUUUGUUCUUGUCUGCUCCAGUGCUCUGAUGGAGAGUCUGAUCACUCCUCUGCAAGAUAAGAUUGAAGACUGGAAGAAGACGGCCAACCAGCUGGAUAAGGAUCAUGCCAAAGAGUACAAGAGGUCGCGACAUGAGAUUAAGAAGAAGUCAUCAGACACCAUAAAGCUGCAGAAGAAGGCCCGUAAAGAGAUGCAGGGGCGAGGAGAUCUGCAGCCCCAGCUGGACAGCGCCAUGCAGGAUGUGACUGACAUGUGUCUGCUGAUGGAGGAGACGGAGAAGCAGGCCGUGCGCCGUGCUCUGGUGGAGGAGAGGGGACGCUUCUGCACCUUCAUUGGCUUCCUUCAGCCUGUUGUGAACGGAGAAAUUGCCAUGCUGGGGGAGAUCACCCACCUCCAGGCCAUCAUUGAUGACCUCACUGUGUUGACGACGGAUCCCCACAAACUGCCCCCUGCCAGUGAACAGGUGAUUGUGGAUCUGAAGGGGUCGGAUUACACCUGGUCCUAUCAGACCCCUCCAUCGUCUCCAAGCAGCUCUGGUUCACGCAAGAGCAGCAUGUGCAGCAGCGUCAACAGCGCCCACAGCAGUGCUUCCCGUUCAUCAGGUGGAGGCGUAGGAGUGGGUAGCGGUGGAGGAGGCUCGCAGCCACACUCACCGUCCUCUUCUUCCUCAUCCUAUCGCUAUCGCAGCAGUGUGCCACAGCAGCCUCCACCACCAGGUGGCAUUGCGGCGCACCGUCUCAGCAGCGUCUCCUCCCACGAUUCAGGUUUUGUGUCCCAGGAUGCAAACAUCUAUUCCAAGCCUCCGUCGCCGAUGCCCUCAGACAUCACCAGUCAGAUGUCCUCCAGCUCUGCAUCAUCAGAGGCGUCAGAAACAUGCCAGUCAGUCAGUGAAUGCAGCUCCCCAACCACUUUUGGCUCGUCCUUCGCUACCUUUCGCCCCGCUCACUCUCACUCUGGCUCCACCAGGCCUCUCUCUGUCAUUCUUCCUCUUCCUGCGUCCCCUCCCUAUAUUCGCCCCCCUGGAUCCAGCUCCUCCUCUCCCACAUCAAAGGUCCCCCUGUGGAAGGACUGGUCUAAAGCAGUUCAGUAUGAGCAGCCCGUGGCUGCUGCACCGGUUCAGAGGAGGAAGGAGCCUGUCGACAGGCCGCGGGAGAGCGAGGGUUCGCCAGGCCCCCAGGGACCCGCUGCAGCGUCGCACCCAGAGGACGGGCAGAGGCCCCGGAUGACUCCAGCUACGAUCGCUGCAAAGCAUGGUGAGGAGGUUUCUCCAGCAGCAAGUGACCUUGCCAUGGUACUGACCAGGGGACUAAGUGUGGAGCAGCAGAAAAGCAGCCGAGACUCCCUGCAGUACUCCAGUGGAUACAGCACAGAGACGACAACCCCAUCCUGCUCUGAGGACACAAUCCCUUCACAAGGUUCAGAUUACGACUCCUACUCUGUCAACGGUGACAACGAAGGCCCAGAUGGACAUGCAGAGUUUGACAAGUCCUCCACUAUACCUCGGCAUUCAAACAUCGCUCAGAACUACAGGCGCAUGAUCCAGACCAAAAGGCCAGCCAGUACAGCUGGCUUACCCAUUGGGGUCCUUGGUCCAGGAGCUCAUGGGAUAGCAGGACAACAGGGUGGAGCUGGUGGUGGAGGAGGAUCAGGGACUCCGGGCACUGCAACUAUCCGUCGAACCCCAUCAACCAAACCAGGAGUGAGGCGCACAUUGUCUAGUGCAGGGCCCAUUCCUAUCCGACCACCAAUAGUGCCUGUUAAAACACCCACCGUGCCCACAGACUCACAUUCACCUGGCACAGUCAGCUAUGCGGUAGGAGGGCCACAAGGAGCUGUGCCUGUUCGAGUUGGAAGUGAAGAGUGCGUGUUCUUCACUGGAGCUGAAGAUGGGCAAGGAGGGCUUGAUUAUGUGAAGGCAUCACCAAAGCGCCUUAGCCUUCCCAACACUGCCUGGGGAUCAGGGGCGGCGCUUGAGGUCUAUGCGCGGCAACACGGAAGCCUUGGCAUGGCGUCAGGCUCAGGAGUUGGAUCAGAAGAGGAUCAGAUGAUCGCAGCAAACCGGCACAGUCUAGUUGAGAAGAUUGGCGAAUUGGUAGCAAGUGCAAAUGCCCUUGGUGAGGGUCAGUUUCCUUUCCCAGCUCUCCCAGAUGACCCAACUACUACACAAGGUGGCCUGAGUGAAAGUAAGACUGGGACAGCUGGGGCCGAGGGGUCUGGCGACAUGUUGACCACAAUCAGGAGAGGAGUACGCCUUCGCAAAACGGUCUCUAAUGACCGUUCGGCUCCCCGUAUAUUGUGAUCAGUGGAAAAACCUGAAUGCAUGAGGAUAAUUGUCAGCUAAAAAGAAGGUCAAAUGUUGUGUAGUAGUGCCCAACAACCUAGUGUAUACAUAAAAACAUAACCAUGUUGGACAAGCUAUAAAGUAACAGGAUGAAUAAAGCAAACAAAAAAUCCUGCAGAAAAUGUUCAAAGCCUUUAGACUAAACAUUCUAAUAUAAUGAUAACAUACAUAAUCUAAGCUGAUGCUGACAAUUGCAAGUGAAGUACUUCAUGUUGACUGCCAACUAGCUGGCCGCUAUAACUAGUGUGUGUUGGACGCAUGUUUGUCUUCUAUACUUCCUACACCGGGGAUAGAGAUAUCCAUAAGAAAACAGAUUUUUAAAUAAACCGAGGCAAAGAAGAAAGACCACUGGGAUCCGUUCUGUUUGCCAACAUUUUCCCUCUCCCAGUCCUGGCUCUCAACUAAUUUAGGUGACUGAUCCCAGAUGAAAGAUGCCUGAAGGACAUGGCUGAAGACGACCAGAGGAAGAGAGUUGGGGGACUUGGACUAAAAAGUUAAAGAAAGGUUGUCUCUGUUUCGGCACACUGUGCCGACAAGGAUAUUAAACUGCUUGGCACCAGUACGGGGAGCUAACCAACCAGAGGGUCGCUCUUGUUAACCCUGAUGGAAAGAUGUAGUUGGCAUUGAACCAUACUUGUUGCCCCUCCCCCACUCUCUUUGGGCUUUGUGCCCACAUGCAAUUAUUUAUGCAUGUGGGCAAAUGUAAAGUGGAGCGCAUGGCAGAUGUGAUUGAACUUAUGUGGGCGGGUGUGUGUGUCUGUGUGCGAGCGGGGGUGGGUAGAGCUCUGCUGCGGGACAGCCAGUUACCCAACGAAGGCAGGGCUUUUUUUCUCUUGUGUGUCGUGUGCGUAUUUUCCUGUUUAUAGUGUGAUGUUUUCCUUGUUAGCACUGUAAGAGAAGUUCAGAGAUGUAAUCCAGGAGUAUAGAUAUAUUCGUAUAUAUUUUCUAGAAGCAGAGAAAAAACAAGAACAAAAACCUGAGCAAUAAACAUGUUUUAUUUACUUGUUUGGAAGAAGUGGUUCGAUUUGGAGGACAGCAGGUUCUCCGAUGUUUCAUUCAGGCAAUCAUCAGGAAUGCUAAAUUAAACAUCGACUGUGAAUUCAUGGUUUUCCUUCGCCUCCCUCUUGCUGUUUUCACCCCAGUCUAGUAACUGAAGUGGAUAACAAAAAAAAAAGAAAAAAAAAUACUUUAAGCACUUUGAUGAGAGUUGCGUCUGUACAAUAGCAAGAAGAUGUUGCUGUAGCCCUGCUCUGAGUGUGUGUGUGGGUGUGUGUGUGUGGGGGGGAGGGACAAAAAAAGAUGAGUAUUUGACAGAGAGCAUCAGUUGGGAUGUGAAGACUAGAAAAACUUGUGCGAUUGUGAAAAAGGUUUAGAAAGUGUCGGAUCUUUUCUUGAAUCUGAAGAAGGAUCCAGUGUGAGGCUGUUUAACCCUUUGUUGCUUGUUGAGUUUGGGGUAAUUAAAGGACUGGAGACAUGCCGGAAAAAAUGCAACGUUCUGCUGUGAGAGAUGAUUUUUAGGAACAUAUUUUUAGGCCUCAGGCAACCAAAUGAGAAUUUUUAAUAGGUUUAGAUAUUUUUUUCUCAUUUAUUGAUCCUCCUAAAAUUCCUGUAGCCUUUAAUAGUAGAAUAAGAGGAAAUUUGACCAUGUAAAAAAUACCUCCCAAUACUAUGAAGCACACUAAGUCGAUCAGAGUAUUUAAAGCACCAGCUCAGGAAAGGCACAUCAUAUCUUCGAUUUUGCUAAGAGAGUAAAUUUAAAAAAAUUACAAUUAGGUGAAAAUAAAUCACAAAAUCCAAACCAAUGAAUGCGUCGCAUAUGAAAGUGAUAUGACGCAAAAUUCAGUAAAACAAUACAAGCUAAUUUGUUUUUUUUUUGUUUUUUUAUUACAGCUGAUUAGGGCUAUCUCAUAGCAGAACAGAACUAGUUUUUUUUCCCCCACAAAGCUUUACUUUGCAUAUUAAUCUGUUACACUGCCCAUUUUUUCCCCCUAACGCUAAUUAUAUUCAGAUCUGGCAGAUUUAGAUUCAAAAUAAUAUAUUAUUCAUCCAUGAAGAAUUUUUUUCCUUAUAAGAUAUAACAGACAGCAUAAAACCCCCAAAAUUAAUUGAGUGAGAUUCAGUUUUUAGUAACAUUUUAUUCAAAACAGCAUAAAAAAGCCCUUUCUUAAUCACUGGAAAACAAUGAGGUUUCCACAGUUUUAAAGGUGUAGUGGAGGAUUUUUGCGAAUUCUUGAAAAUACCCACCCUAUUUACUAUGCAAAACCUUGUACCCACUCCUGAGAGUGAACGCCUGUUAAACAUAUGUGAGAGGAUGAACAAGCCCAUUUCUCCUCAUGCAUGCUCUGUUUAAAUGUUGCUGCUUGCAUUGCUCAUACAAGCCUACUUUUCCAAAAGAAGAUUUUGAAUUUUUCCACUAUGUCAGUCGGUAAGUGAAAAUGGGGACGAGCACGUAGAAAGGCCUUACGUAAACAUAUCACCAGAAUGAUUGACAAUUAGGAGGACCACUUAUUUAGAUGAUCCACCCGAUCUCAAUCCUUGAGUCUAGGAACAGCCAUUUUUGCCCAAAUAUAUACAUCUUUCGGCAGUGACGUCACAGUGUGGUAAGCCUACCGCCAUUCUUCACGCUUUACAAGCAAAAUCAUUGGGAACUACUGGACACAUCUGCAAUCAACAACAAUUUUUGAAUAUUUCCAGAGGUCUUCACCAUCGGAAUUCACCAGAGCUAUAGUUAAACUGACAAUGCCCACUUGCAUGGCAGUUGGAUGUUGGAAUACAUCAGAUGAAAGUGAAAAAAAUGAGUUAUUUCACUUUUCUGAUUCAUGUUCCUCCACG